CGCCAGAUCCGGAGCUGCCCUGCCCGCGCUAACGCUGCUCCUCUGGUGGAGCGUCCGCUCGGCAGGUUCUCAAGCAGUUUGUGCAGGCACCCAAAAUGAGCUCAGUGUGACAGGAGAUGCCCAGCAACGGUAUCAGACACUAUAUAAAAUGUACAAUAACUGUGAGAUCGUCAUGGGCAACCUUGAGAUAGUGCUCAUUGGACAAAACCAGGAUCUUUCCUUCUUGCAGACUAUCCGAGAAGUGACCGGCUAUGUUUUGAUCGCCAUGAAUGUCUUCACUUACCUGCCACUGCAGAACCUCCGCAUGAUACGUGGGACCCAAUACUACGAAGACAAGUAUGCCCUCUAUGUGGUCCUCAACUAUGAAAAAAACGUUACACACGCUCUACACCAGAUGGGCUUCAAUCAGCUCACAGAAAUCCUCUCUGGGGGCAUCUAUAUUGGAAAGAACAAACAGCUAUGUCACAUGAACACAAUUGAUUGGGAAGACAUCAUCCGGAAUUCAGAUUUCCAGGCAGUGGUGCAUGACAAUGGGGAGAAAUGUGCUCCAUGCCAUGAAAACUGCAAUGGCCGCUGUUGGGGGCCUGGUCCAGAAGACUGUCAAAAGUUGACGAAAACCAUCUGUGCUCCUCAGUGCAAUGGACGCUGCUUUGGCCCCAACCCCAAUGAGUGCUGUCACGAUGAGUGUGCAGGAGGCUGCACUGGGCCACUCAAGACAAAGUGCUUUGCUUGCCGUCACUUCAAUGACAGUGGAGCCUGUGAAACCCUCUGUCCUCAGCCAAUGAUCUACAAUAGACUCACUUUUCAGUUGGAGCCCAAUCCUGAUGCUAAAUACCAAUAUGGUGGUGUGUGUGUCAAAAAUUGUCCACAUAAUUUUGUGGUGGAUCGGACCUCCUGUGUCAGAACCUGUCCCAAUGACAAAAUGGAAGUUGAAAAAAAUGGCCAGAAGAUCUGUCAGCUUUGUGAGGGACUCUGCCCAAAAGCUUGUGAAGGAACUGGUAUUGGAAGUAAAUAUCAGACAGUGGAUUCCAGCAACAUUCACCGAUUUAUAAACUGCACCAAAAUCUUGGGCAAUUUGGAUUUUCUUAUCACUGGUCUAGAAGGAGACCCUUGGCACAACAUAAGUGCCCUGGAUCCAGAAAAACUCAAUGUCUUCAGGACAGUGCGAGAGAUAACUGGUUACUUGAACAUCCAAUCAUGGCCCAAGCACAUGCAGAAUUUCAGCAUCUUCUCCAACCUGGUGACCAUUGGUGGGCGCAGCCUGUAUAACCGUGGAUUUUCUUUGCUGAUCAUGAAGAACAUGAACAUCACCUCCUUAGACUUCCGUUCCCUCCAGGAGAUCAGUGCUGGCCAGGUCUACAUCACUGAGAACCGACAACUUUGCUAUUAUCACACCAUCAACUGGGCACGUCUCUCUCGCCGGCGUCCUGAUCUUAACAUCAAGAGUAACAAAGCUCCCAGGAAAUGCAUUCAAGAGGGAAAGGUCUGUGACCCUCUUUGCUCCAGCGAUGGCUGUUGGGGGCCUGGCCCAGACCAGUGUGUCUCUUGCCGAAACUACAGCCGUGAAGGGGUCUGCACAGUCUCCUGCAACUUCUAUGAGGGGGAGAGUCGAGAAUUUGCUCAAGGGGACGUUUGCUUGCCGUGCCAUCCACAAUGCCAGAAGAUCGAGGGAGGCCUCACCUGUAAUGGACAAGGAGCUGAUGAGUGUGUGAUCUGUGCAAACUAUAAGGAUGGGCCCCAUUGUGUUGAAAGCUGCCCAUCAGGAGUCCUUGGGGUGAAGGGACUAAUCUUCAAGUAUCCUGAUGCCAACAAGGAGUGCUGGCUGUGUCAUGAGAAUUGCACAGAGGGGUGUUUUGGUCCAGAGAUUGCAAAUUGCUUCAUUGUGGAACUGCCUGGCCCCAGGAAAGCUCCAACAAUGAUUGCUGUGGUGGUUGUGGGUUGCCUCUUCGCCUCCUGUUCAUUUGUUUUGCUCACCUUCUUGUACUGCCGUGGCAAGAAGAUCCGGAAGAAGAGAGCCAUGCGCAGAUACCUAGAGAGAGGAGAGAGUUUGGAACCGCUGGAUCCCAGGGAGAAAGCCAACAAGGUCCUGGCUCGAAUCUUCAAGGAGACAGAAUUAAAGAAACUGAAAGUUCUAGGAUCAGGCGUGUUUGGAACCGUGCACAGAGGGGUCUGGAUUCCAGAAGGAGACUCUAUUAAGAUCCCUGUAAGCAUCAAAGUUAUCCAGGACCCGAGUGGUCGACAGUCCUUCCAUGCUGUAACUGAUCACAUGCUAGCUAUAGGUAGCCUGGAUCACGCAUACAUUGUCCGUCUCUUGGGCAUCUGCAUUGGUUCCCAACUGCAACUUGUCACCCAGCUUCUACCAUUGGGCUCCCUGCUGGAGUACGUUCGCAAAAACAGGGACGCCAUUGGCCCUCAGCUGAUGCUCAACUGGUGUGUCCAGAUUGCCAAGGGUAUGUACUAUCUGGAAGAACAUUGCAUGGUACAUCGCAACCUGGCUGCCCGUAAUGUUUUGGUUAAAUCCCCUAGCCAAGUACAAGUGGCAGAUUUUGGCAUUGCUGAUUUGCUUUACCCAGAUGAUAAGAAAUACUUCUACAAUGAAAUUAAGACUCCAAUAAAGUGGAUGGCAUUGGAGAGUAUACACUUUGGAAAAUAUACACACCAAAGUGAUGUGUGGAGUUAUGGAGUGACAUUGUGGGAGAUGAUGACUUUUGGAGGAGAACCUUAUGCUGGAAUCCACCUUUCAGAAGUUCCUGACCUACUGGAAAAGGGAGAACGCCUCUCACAACCCCAGAUCUGUACCAUUGAUGUCUACAUGGUGAUGGUAAAAUGCUGGAUGAUUGAUGAGAACAUUCGUCCCACCUUCAAAGAGCUAGCCAAUGAGUUCACACGAAUGGCCCGUGACCCUCCUCGCUAUCUGGUGAUUAAGAGAGAAAGCGAGACGCUAUCUCCAGUAGAGCCACCGUCACUCAGCGAAAAGGAGUUAGAUGAGAUGGAGACACUGGAGAUGGAAUCAGAGUUGGAAGAGGAGGAACUUCACAAUCUUUUCGCCUCUCGGCAAUGGAUGGACUCCACACGGCCUCCAAAUCUUCUGAAUUCCUCUGCUGGAUACAUCCCCAUGAAUCAAAGCAGCCUCAGUGGAAGUCGGCAGGGUAUGGGACUGGGCUCCCGGCAGACUUUGCGCAUAAGGCAGGAGUCGAUGGGCCGUACUAUAUCAGAGUCCUCUGAAGGACGAGGCACAACCUCAGAUUACGACCUCACAGAGGAUCUGUCACUGUCCGGAAGUUUAUGCCGCAGCCUGCAAUCCCGGGGAGACAGUGCUUACCUCUCUCAGCGGGAAAGUCUCAUGCUGCCCGUUGGCAAUGCUGACGGAGAGGAGGAUGCCAAUGGCUAUGUUAUGCCGGAUCGAAAUGGCAGAGAGCGUGCUGCUGGCUUGACCGCUUCACUGAUGCGUGGCUCCAUCCCUGUACACGAAGUGGAGGAAGAGUAUGAGUACAUGAACCGGCGUACUCCACAAUCCUCACAACCCCGGCCAGCCUCUUUAGAGGAGCUUGGUUAUGAGUAUAUGGAUCUUGGCUCAGAGCUGAGUGCCUCUUUGGGCAGUGUGCCAAGCUCCCAAUUGACUACACCUUGCAGGGAGGAUGAAGACGAGGAAGAGGACUACGAGUAUAUGAACAAACAGCCCAAACUUAGCAAGUCCCUGAGUAGCAUCCGCAGUUCUCAGGGAGACUAUACCGAUAUGGAUUCUGGCAUCACCCAAAGCUCCCCGGAUGAGCAGGGAUACGAGGAAAUGGGUGCUGUGUUGCCCCCAGUCCAGUAUCUUGGCUGCCAGAGUCCACCUUGUCCCAAGAACGGUUUCAUGAAACCCUUACGCACAUUGGACUCCUCAGAUUGUGCCUUUGAUAAUCCGGAUUACUGGCACAGCCGAAUGUUCAGCAAAGUUGAUGCUCAGAGGACAUAGCUGGGGGCGGGAAGCUUUCUCUGACUCUUCGCGGGCAGCUAAAAAAAAACCUUAACGCAAUCACGCUUUAUGGUGAUUGUGAACUGCAAAGGCAAACUUCCAUUUGUCUCCAAAGCCUCUGUGAUGUUGACCAUAGUAAGCAACGUAUCUAGACAGAUGAUGGGCUUCUGAAGAACAUCUGCAUUUGCAGUUUCCCCGUCUUGCAUUGUGGAUCAACAGCUGUCUUCGGUUGGGUCUCUUCGGGUUGGAAGGCUCUGGACUCGCAAGGCAAAUAGGACCCGUUGAGGGAGCACACUUCAACUUGGAAUCCAUCCCUGGAUGCAAACAGAGUGAUGCCUACUUUUGCAGUGUAGGAUUUCGAAAGAGACUUGCUGGCAGCUGCUCCAACAAACCCAAGUGCUCUGACCACAGAUGGAUGACACUGGAAGCAGCUCAGAUAAAGCCAGCCUUCUAAGCUGCCUAGGGAAGUGUUGCGCUCUGUGACAACCCUCUGCCCAUUACAAGCAGAGGGGCCUUAAUCAUGAAUCAAGCCCGUGCUGAGCCUUACAGUUGGCCAUAAGGCUGAAGGGACAAACUUCUUGAGGAAAAGGAGGCCGACACUUGUUAUAUAUUCCUCUAGUAAUAUGUAUAACGGUAGAGGAAUUGAUUAAUCCUCAGGGUGGAUAUGAAGGAUAACGGUACUUUUUCCCUCAGAACUUGUGACAAGUCACCUCAGCGAAGAAGCCAAUGUGCCCAUGUUAUGAGAUGACUAGGCUUUUGCUCCUUCCUCUCAAUAAGACAUUUGGCACUUGGUCCUGUCUAUGUCGUGAUGUUUCUGUUUUGCUGUUAGGAAUCCCCAUAUUGCAAUGAGAAGAGUGGAUAUGAACAAAGCCUGGACAUGCAGGAGGCCAAUUUCCACUUUGGGCAUUUAGAUGUUCACGAUUACAAGCAACUUUAAAUAUUCUUCUUUCUUGAUUGUGGACGAUUCAGGCAAUAAUCUCCAAUACCUCCAAACCACAAAGCAAUCGGGAGAGAGUGCCAACUGUUAUAAGGAUGGGGGGGGGGAUCUUUCUAUGGUCCUGUGUAGAAGAUGCCAGAGGAAGAGACUUUUUUUUUGUAAAAGCAAUAAGUUUUAUAUUUCCUCCUUUGCUGGAAUGGAAUAUGGGGAUGUUUGUCAGAUUAGGGACCAAGGAAAGAGGCCAGCUGCAACUUAAUCCUUGCUACAAAAAAACAAAACAAAAACGGUAACAGGAGAGAGGUCUCCUUAUUCCUGAAAAUUAACUAAUGUACUUUUGUUUGAAACGGCAUAAAAGCACACUGAGCUUUAUGGCAUCAUUAUAAUCCUUUUGAGUCAAGCUCAUUUAUACAAGAGCAUGACUUGGGAACAAUUUCCCCCCCUUUUCUCACCAUCACUCCUCCCUAUCCUGAGGGCUUGUUGCAGAGUAUACAACCUUGACAUAACUCAGGUGUUCCGGAUUCCACCAAAUAAAUAGGCAGUUAGAAAAAGCAAAAUUCCAUCCCAAUUUGGGAGAGGCAAAGGCUGUGAUUUGUUUUUUUAAAAAAUAAAAAUAAAAAACCUGAUGAUGACAGUUUUGAACAGCAUGCUCUUCUCUUCUGUAAUUGGUCACUAUUUUAGCCUAGUGUAGAAUUUACUGUGAAGCACUGUUAGUCAGAGGAAGUAUCCAUAUUGUUUUAGAGCCCAUCCUGCUGGUCCCUGGGUACUCCUUGAAAUUGCCAAUGUCUGACUAAAAUGUCGGUGGAUACUUCAGAAAACCUGUUUGUGUGCGCAUGCAAUCAGUCUGCUUUGAUGAUUGCAAGCCAAGCUAUUCUCCUUUUCCUCCCCCCGAAUCCCAUUGAGUGAAGGAAAAAAAUAAAAUAAAAUAGAGUGUGAUAGAAAAGGAAAUUUGAUUCUUUGCCCACGAGAGCCAGGUUGCAACCAUGAUGGUGUAUUUUCAAGUGCACAUUCUGGAAUUGAUGGUUGAAUUCAGUUGGAUUUAAACUGACCUUGAGUUUCAAGGGAUUCUGAAGGAAUGUGGGCUAUUAGUGAUAUUUUGCUACUGCUGAUACUGAGAAACACAAAAUGCUGAUUGAACAAAUCAGUUCUGUUCCUGCCCAGAUCAGAAUUCCUUCAGGUAUAGUCAUACCUGAAGGGCGGUAAACCGCCCAAUUCAUUCUAGCUCCUGCCAAUUAGAAAUGUUAUAGAGAGCCAUGGAAGUGAAGGAUGCUAUGGACGCUAGUAGGCUGCCCUCUAGUGAGUAAACUGUAUAAAAUAUCUUGCUUUGUGACUGGACUGAGAGAGAAAUUCAUCGAAACAAAAUCUUGGAGGAAAUGGGAAAUAUAAAUUUGUUCUUCUUGUUCAUUAAACAAACACAGCUUUUCCCAUUCCUUCUGACCUCCAUAGCAGAAUGAAGCUGGGUAAAAGCAAAAUAAUGGAGUAAUCCUGGAUGAACAGAGUAAAAUUUACUUUUGAGAAACAAACAUAGAUUUGCUAUAUUCUAAGAUCAAAAUUCACCAGUGCUGUGUGUAAUUGGAAAAUAUUCCUUGGCUUGAUUUUUGAGCCAGGAAGUUUUUUUCCCCAGCUUUUUCCAGAGCUGCUUUCUAAACCUCCAGAAGAUCAUAGAUCUCUAGACCAGAUGAUCAUUAGAAAUAUUUUUAAAUUUUGAUUAGACAAAUUAGUGCAUGUUCUUUCAAGAACACCCCCCCCCUCCUGAAAUGCAGUGCAUUUUGAAAGAAAAAUUCCCAUACAAUGAAGCUGAAAUUAGAAAAGCAAUUUUAACAAGUUCUGGUUUUGGAUUAUUUGGGCCUGGAUUUUUGCAAAUGUAAAGAAGAAAAAAUCAAGGUAUAUUCUUGUAGACACAGGUGUGCUAAAUUUUAAUGUAAUUCAGAUUUUUCCCUAGCGUUUUCCCAGGAGUGCAAAGUCUGCUUUUUUCAGAUCAACUGAAUGAUCCAUUGGUUGUGACAGGAACUGAGCUUUCCCCAAGUCUCAGAUUUUGGGCUGAGAGAGAGUGACUGGCCAAAAAUCACCCAGCCAGCUUUCAUUCCUAAGGUGGGACUAUAGAACUCAGUUUCCUGAUUUUUAGCCUGGUGCCUCAACCACUACACCAAAGAAGCUCUGUGUAUAUUAGCAUAAAUGGAUACAUCACUGUUUGGAUUUGCAACUGGUUCCAAAGGCUGCAAUCCAAUUUUUUUUGUUCCAGAAUAUGCCUGGCAAAAAAAAAAUCUUUGGUGGGCACUGCUUGUACUUAAAUAGAGAUUGUUAUGAAGAAACAUUAGUUAAAGCUUUCAUAGCAUAAAAACAAAUAGUGGUUAGGGUCAGUGCUCUUUUAUGCUUUGUUUAACAAGCCCCAAUUGAACUGGGUUCACUCAUACAAACCCCAAAUUGAGCAAACAUUACUUAGCAUGAAGGAUGAUCCCCAGUUACUAUCACUGUCACUUUGCUAUAGAUCAAAUUCUUCACAGAAGGAAGAACUACGUAGGCCACUUUCAAAUCUAGCAAACCCAUGAGUGUUUCACCGCCCUCCUCCCUUUCUACCUCCAAUAAUCUCUUUUAUACCUAUUCUUAUUCCUUUGGACUUGAGAGGAAGAAAACUUUCCCAAUUGUUAGUCCUCCUUCACUUACAGCAGUUACUAAUCACAUUUACUGAAACGCUGUAUUUUAUUUUGUGCAACCCGACAGCCAUAGUUUUGGCACAUUUAUUUGAUUUUAAUGGUUUUAUUUGUAGGAAAGAAAUUUGACCCAGCCUCACUUUAAGGAGAAAGGAAAGUGAUAAAUUAGAAUUAAAAUAAAGAGAUCUAUGUUGCUGGGGUUUUGAAGUGAAGGUGUGCUAAUCGCUACCCUUACUCCAGAUGCUGUUGCUUCUCUCUUCAGUUACACAUCUGUGCCAUAUAAACAACAGCUAACAUCAGAGAUAAGGCUUUCAUUGAAGUACAACAAGUAGAUGCCAAUUGUUUCAGCUAUGGCGAAAAUAAAAACAUGAAAGCAACUCAUUGAAUUGUUUUAGAACAACUGUUUUUAUAGGAUAAAAAUACCACGUUAAAUGUUUCCCUAUUCUGUAUAUUGUUUGUCAUAAAACUCAUGUUGGAUUGCUUUGUUUUAUUUCUGCCUUGCUUUGUAAGUGGUGAAAUGAAGGUUUUUUGUCUUCUUCUUUUUUUAAACCAAAUUGGAAGGAAUCCAAAUGUUGGCAUACUUUGAAUCGCUUAGUACAAUGUUCCAGCUUCAGAAUAACAAGGAAUAAUAGUGUUGUUUUAAAAGCAAGUAAGCAUGCAAGCAAACAAACAAACAAAUAUGCACUGUCUCUAUUGUCACUGGCUUUGAUGAUGGGAGUCCUUCCCAGUGCCAAGAUGUAAGCAAAUUUCAAGAAUAGCAACAGGCACGGGUCACAUACGGAGUUAUGUUUAGAAGGGUUUACAAGGCACCACAACUUUCUGCUUCCUUAGCAAAGCAGUGCUGAUUCAAAAAGCUGAAUCUAAUGAGGUGACAGUUUUCAAAGGUUUGGGAUCCCAUUAACUGUGAUUUCACUGGGAGCUGAAUAUGAAUUAUUACAUAUAUCCUCAGAGGCCUAUUUCUUGCUGGGCAAGGCCUACACCUUUAACAAUUUUCGAAGAAAUGAUGGUUUUCCAGACAGAGGUACUUCCUGUUGCUGAAGACCUUUACAGAAUUUUGUGUGUAUGUGUGUGUGUGUGUUUAAUACAAAUAUCAAUAAAGCACAAUGUUUAUA